UGGGCUUGUUUUGAGUUUAUGAACAGCAUUGUGUCUCCAGUUCUAAUACACAGGAUGUGAUUUGUAGGCACAAAUCUGACCCCUGCCAUAUUUUUUCCCUCCUGUCCUGAAUUAAGCACUCACACAGCAACAGUGGUUUCACUUUGAGUGAUCCUUGAAGGACGAGAACUCUGUGGGUCACCACACUGCCCUGAGCACUACUGUUCCCAGCGCAACUCAACUCGGGGAGAGGCACACAGUAGAGCAUUAUCGGCAGCAUCAAGCGUAGCCAAUAUGGAUUUGUGCAUUUAGGAUGCGGCUGUCAGAGCAGGACAAAGGAACAACCGCCAGUCAGUUAACUACUCGCGAUCACGUUACUUGCACCAGGCCAGGGAAUCAAUAAUACAUUUACAGGCAUGUAAAGGCAGCAGACAGGCAUCUGUCAUUAGCCGCGGGGAGAAGAAAGAUGGGCAAUGGAAAGACAACCCAUCCUUUCAUUGCUCCUACAAUCGGAGCAUGAGUUGGGGGUGAAGGAGCUAGGAGAGCUUGAUAGUUUUAACAGCGAGCAAAGAACCAGCACCCCUUGAUUGCAACUUGCACGAAGCUGUUCUGGGGCUGGAGUCGAAGCUUCCUGUUUAAGGCAGAAACUAAAUCUGCAAAGGAGAAGACGACACAGGUCUGCGAGGCUAUCAGCCCUAAGAAAUAAUUUAGCUGCCAGGCACUAUUUUGAGAGCCUGUUGCUGAGCUACCGCAUUCCAAAGUCCUUUUUUUUGCUGGAGAUCAGUUACAGGACUCAGACAAUGGAGAGUAAUACAAGAGCGUAGCUUUGCCAGAAUGAAGCUUUCCUCAAGACUUGAAAGUAGAAGAUUCUGCAUGGGGGUGGUAGGGGGACUCAGGAACUGUGAGGGGAGCACAUCACUCUUCUGAAUAAGAGAGGACUCUACACCAAGCAAGGGUGCAGCUACUAAGUUCAAUGUUAGUGAGAGAACUAGCUAACAAAGAUUCACGUCUCAAAUCUGGAAUUGAAAGAAGUCCAGCGGGUCUUUUUGGCAAAAGAGGCUGGAGAUGGGAUGCAUAAAGGGUGAUCGGAGGAGUCAGAUUGUUGGGAUCCGUGUCCACUGCACUUUCAUCUGUUCCAGGGGCCUUCAUUGACGGAAUUCAUUGGUAUUCUGGGUCAGUCAUGGAUCCGAUUCCUCUCAGUUCUUUGAGAUGUACAUUGGAAGCUUCUGAAAUUUUAAUGAAGACACCAGAUCCGAGAAAGAGGCAGCCAGUGACAGGUGUGAAUUUGCAGGGCGCACAAGCAUCUGCCUGAGCUCCUGGUUCCCUGCAGAGUCUCCGAAGCAGCUGGGCACAGAGGCCCAAUGGCAACCGGAACCUGACCCGCUUAGACUUGGAAGAGAAUCCAAAGUGGGGACUGUAAGCCCCCAGGCUUCCAAACUGCCGGGAUCUCAGGGGCUUACUUACUGUGUAACCCUCUAGCUCCUGGGAGAAGAACCUGAGAGUGAGCGGGGCCAGGAUGACUCAGGGAUUCUGGAAGGUCUACAAGGCCAAAGUUCUACAGACCCUUGGUGGAGAGCUGCCGGAAGAGGAACUCCAGGAUGAGGUAGAGGCAUCCUCAGCUGGGCCCUUUCCCCUCCUUUGGUCAUUGAGCGUGGGGUAGCAGCAGGCAAUGGGUUGCCCUCUCUUAAUUUAUGGCAGGCAAGGGGAACCUAAGGCCCUCCAGAUGUUGCUGGACUCCAGCUCCCAUCAGCCCUAGCCAGCACAGACAAAGGAUGAUGGGAGUUGUAGUCCAUCUGAAAGGCCAUAGGUUCUCUGUGCCUGAUUUAUGGGGAAGAAUAAGAUGUCUAUGAACUGGGGUCAUGCCUCCUGGUUAAAGAAAACUCGUGAUCACAUGCAUUUUAGUUGAUCCAUUUAUUCAUUAACCUACUUCUGGCACUCUUCAGGUGUUGUGCUGGACUUCAUCAUCCCAUACCAUUUGUUAUGCUGGCUGAGGUAAAUGGAAGUUGGCAGCCCAGUGACAUCCAGAGGGCACAAGGUUGGGGAAGGCUGGCUAUUUAAAUCUAAGAAAUGUGAUGGGGGGGGGAAUUCUAAAGAAAGAAGCAUAGAUCUAAAGAAAGAAAAGAGUCCGUUCUUUGUUUUCAGAUAACACAGAUGAGUCUGUCUUGUACAUAAAAGCCAUUGUCUGAGGGGAGGCAUUCCCAUUCAUUCUCAUACAUGACAGAAUGCUUCUUCUAAGAUGGAGUUUGCCAUCUGUUAUUUUUUUGUAUAAGAGCUUGUAUUGGAAAUAAUUAAAUGUUUACUAAUAAGUAAAUAAACACCUGCUGGCCGAUAAUUGCCCCCCCUUUUUUUAGCUGAUUGAAAUGUUUAAAGUGAUUUAUUUAAUGGAUUAGUUGACAAAAAGCUAAGGCUUUACUAGAAAGGAAAUUGACUUUCGUAGGGCAGAAACUACAUUAUGAAACUGGUGGAGGGAGACUGGCAAACACAGGCGGCAGAGGGAGAACAGAAGGCCACACCCAUAACAUACAUUUAAAGCACUAUUAUACCACUUUAUCAGAGAAUGCUGGGAACUGUAGUUUGUUAAGGGUGCACAGAGCUACAAUGCACCGAGUGGUUUAAUAAUCAAUCCCUCCAGGCCCCAGCAGGAAAAAGCUUUUUCCACACUGCCGUAGAGUGUAGUCCAAAAGGGCUACACCUGGGCUAUUCCAUCAAGUCUCCUCCAGCACUCCUGAAGCUGAUUUCUUGUUUCAGAGAGAUAACCCUGAACUGAUGGAAACCACAGACUCAACCCUGCUGACAGAGGAGGGGUCAAAUCCUGUUUCUCAGCUGGCACGGCGGGUAAGGACCAGUAGUUAUUUCUCUCCAGAACUCAAGUUGCUUUUGAGCUUGGAGCUGCAUUAGGUGGCAGCCUUUUAGACCCCGGAGCAGGCCUGGCCGGCAUAAUGCUUGCCUCAGCCAAUCAACCCACUAAUGCUGUAUUGUGUGGUUUGCUGAGUGACUGACAGGUCUCAGGUAACUUGUGUUGGUGGGUGCCCAUCGGGGCUGGUUGCACAGAAGACAGGGAGCUAACAGUAGGUGGCACCAUAGACAAUGUCCCCAUCCUCCUUCCUGCAGAGUUCUACCAGGCAACACUAAAACUAGUGACUGAUGCCACUUAAUGGACUGAUUUGUAGGUGAGAAUGCUGAGGGCAGACUGAGGUUGGUGAGGCAAUGCCCCAUUCACCCCAAAGAACAACCUCUACUGCAGGCAACAAGCAAAAAUGAGAUGUUUACUGACACACACACCCCAAACAGGCUGUGUUCAGUAUGCAUCAGCAUAUGGCUGUUACAUAUGGGGCAGGGGUCAACUUAUUUGCAGUGAGUGUCAAUUGCUUAUCUGUUCGUUCAUAAUUCCACCCUACCCCAUUUCUGCAUGUAUCAGCAUUUAAAAUAAUACUAACAAUAAAUAUGAGAAACUAUAUUAAAAGAUCUAUUAAAUUACAUACGUAAAUGUAUAGCAAAAUUUAGACGAGGGCAAAAACGUUGAGUGCAUCCUCCUGAAAAGACCACAUGAGAACCACUGAAUAUUGUGUGAAACAUAUCUAAACUGUGGUCUAUGUGGAGCUCCACUGAGCCAUGACCUUGUAAAAUAAUUUCAAUUGCCUGUUGUUUCCUGGGAGGGCUAACGGGACUGCAGACAGACAUAUGAAUGUGUGGUCAUCGUGUUGGGGAAACGGGGCAAAAUACUGGGUCAGGGGAGGGGCUCUCACUGGAAAGCAGCCAGCCACGCCCUACAAGUCAGCAGCAUAAUAAGUUUAGUAAGUGUCCACAGGCUUGUCACUCAUCAGUGCUUUGCACAUAGCGAAAGCAAUAGACUGCAGCACUUCUUGCUAAGCAAUUGGGUUGAAUACUCACAGCACUCUGUUCCUUUCGUUUCAGCUCCACAUGUAAAAAGGAAUAAAGACUGACUUUUUGUUUUUAAAUGAAAGCUAAAACUUCAGGGAAAGGGCCAGGGAUUUCCCACUAUCUAGCACGUAUGGCCCUGGGUGUGGCUAGUAGACCCUGAUCUCCCUCCCUCUUCUCCCAUCUCCCUCUGCAGGUCCAGGGAGUUGGAGUCAAAGGCUGGAGAAGUGUCUCAUCUUUGUUCAGCCGGGAAGACGAACAUAAAUUGCUGGCUCCUGAGCCUUGUCCCGACCAGUAAGUGAAAUCCUUCCCUAAUUCCACCCCUCCCCUCCCCAAUGUUUCUUUCUCAAAGAACCAGCUAGUUCACAAGACUGUUUAUCACAUGAGAAUCACAACUCUUCCAUGGUAGUUUGGCUGAAAGGGACAGAGAAGUUUCCCACUGCAGCAUAUCCACAGAAGCCUCUGAGUGCCUAAAAUUGCUGCUGGUUCUCACAGCCACAACAGGCUCUCGUGGCCGGAGAACCUCCAUCCAGCCCUCAAAUUGCCCCACACUCUGGGCUAAGAGGGAGCCACCACCUACUCACACACUCAUGGCCAUGUUUUGAGGAAGAAGAAAAUUACAGUACAGUUUCCUUUCCCCCCUUUUUUUUAAACCUCCCAGGGUUGGCUCCUCUCUUGCCUACAGUUGGCAAGGAAAAGAGCAGGAGAAAGCUGACAUUAGAAGAGAGAGAAUGUGGACAUGUACGGGAUAACGGCGGCCAGAAUUUUAGUAGCAAGAAAUUGGAAAAAUACAACACUACCUAACACGGAAGAUUGGCAAAUCCUAAUGGUAGAAUACCUGCCACUAGCAAAGGCAACAGGAAGGAUAAGAGGCCAAACAAAACAAAUAGUUUAUAAGGAAUGGAGAAUUUUUAAAGAAUACUUAAAAAAUUAUGGUAUAAAAGGAAACCUCUUGGUAGAACUAGAAUGACCCUUGUAUUGUAUAAAUAUAAGUUCGCAGGGAUGUAAAAAGAAACUAUAUAAGAACUAUGUAACUGUGCGGUAUAAGGUAAUCAAUAGAUAAAGCACAGUGAGACUAGUUGGAAGUCACUUUUAAUUUUUCUCUUCAAAAGUUUCAUAAUUAUUUGCAUUGUUGGGUGUAUAAAUGAUGUUUGUUAUAUUAUUAUUGUUGUUUCUUAUAUUGUUGUUUGUUUGUUUUUUCUAUUGUUUGUUUGCUUGUUUGUUUGUUUUUCUUUUUUCUUUCUAUAAAUGUUUUUAUUUUAAAACAAUAAAGACAUAAUCUCAAGAGAGAGAGAGAGAGAGAAUGUGGAAAGGAAAGUACUGGGGCAGCACCAUCCUUGCUUCUUUCUAGAAACUAGCUUUUGGGUGCUUCCUGAGAAUCUGUUAAUUGAGGAUGCAUCAAUAAAUUGCACCCAAGGACGUGUUAUCCCACACUUUCCAGUGUAUUUCCCCAUAACUUUCCUUACUGCAAAAUGUCUGAUCCUUAGGGGAAGCAGGUUGGUUGCACAAGACCUCCCAAUCUGGGUGAUUGGCAGGUGGGUGCGGCUUGGGGAAAAUGAUCUUCCGGGCCUAAUUCAGCCCAUGGGCCAGAGGUUCCCCACCUCUAUUCUAGACAGAAUGCCACAAAGGCAUAGGUAGCUUUCUGCUGUGGAACCAGCAACGCUUCUGAAACAUUCUUAUCGGAAGGGACCCUAGCUCAGUGUCAUAACACAGGCUUCACAUGCAAAAGGUCCAGGUUCAUUCUCUUCUCUUCUCUUCUCUUCUCUUCUCUUCUCUUCUCUUCUCUUCUCUUUAAUUUUUAAUUUUUAUUUGUUUUACCAGGUUCAUUCUCCAGGUAGGGCUGAGCAAGGCUUCCUAUCUGAAAGUCAGGCCCCUUCUGUACUACACACUUAAAGCACAACCAUACCUCUUUAAACAGUCAUGGCUUCCCCCAAAGAAAGUAACUAAGGGUGCUGAGAUAUUGGGGGGGGACCCCUAUUCCUUUCACACAGCUACAGUUUGCAGAGUAGUUUAACAAUCGGUCCAUCUUCCCAGGAAACUCUGGGAAUUGUGCUUUGGGGGUGGGAUUCAACUGAACUGAAUAAAAAAUUGCCCAAAGUUCCACUGGAACUUAAUUCACAGUCAUUUUGCCCAGAAUUUACAGGAACAGGCAUAAUUCAGAGAUUUUAGAAUUAUGUGAAUUAGCUAAUCUGAACCAGUUCAUUCAAAGCCACUACCUGCACCUCUUUCCUUCCUGAAUUCUCCUCUUGUUUUCACAGCCCACUGGCAGCCAGGCCAGAAGAGGACUCCCCUUCUGAAAAGAAGACAUCUGGCCUUUGGGACGUCUUUGCCACAAAGUGGCAGCAAACUUCAGCUCUGGAAAAGGCAGCUUCGAAGGCUGAGAGUGGAGACCAGAUGUCUGAGGGCAUUGGGGCAUCGGGAGAAAUGGCGGCUGAGGAAGCCGGCUGCACCAGCCUGGACAACGACCUCCGAGAAGCUGAAGGGGUGGCCUUCAAGUGGAGCUUCCUGACCAGCAAGCUGGCCGAGAUAAAGAACAAAAGUGCCUCUAAGAGCAACUAGGAAUGAACGUGAAAGACAUGGACUUUGUGACAUAAGAGACAACCUAUUUCCAUGCAGGGCAAGCGUUUUUAGCCUCCCCGCACCCCCGUUUCUCCAGGAAUCUUUGACAGAACAGUCAGAGAUGACGUGAAAUCCCGGGGCCAGAGCUCAGUGUUAUUUAACCCUCUAAACAUUAGGAUGCCCCAAAUGUGUGUGUCUCGUGUAUCAAACCAUAUCCAUUCCAUCUCUCCCCUUCUCUGAACAUUGCUUUCUUGAGAUAAAAAAAUAGACAGGUUGAAGCUUCUGCCAGAGAUUUUCUGCCCAGCAAGGAGAGAGUUUGGACAGUCUCAUUGUUUUCCAGGCUUGCAUGGUUUGACGACACUCCUGUGUGUUUUCUAAGGAAGCUUCCUCCUCCUGAGUGCUGAUCACCCAAGCGUCCAAUCAAAGUGUGGAGGAGGCAGCAGGGGAUCCUGAGUCAAAAUGGUACAUUGGAUAGACUGAGAAGACCUGGGUUCAAAUCCCAGAUCAGCCACAGAAGCUGUGAGCAAGUGACCAUCUCUCAGUCUAACCUCCCUUGUAGAGUUCUUACAGGGACUGAAUAGGAUAGCUCUAUGCAUUUUGUCCUUGGAGGAUGACCGGGUUACAGGGGUUUUCAAUAGGAAAUAAACAAAUCCUUGCAUCAAGACCCUUCCUAAUGGGACCAGCAAUGGCGCCCCAGCACUGACAGGCUGGCCUUGCAGUUGAAGAAUGGCUCUGUGGUGUUCGAAUCCCAGGAGCCCCCUCUCUGAAGCAAAAGGGCCUUAGCUCAGUGGUAGAGCACCUGCUUUGCAUGCAGAAGGUCCUGGGUUCAACCCUCCCCCCCGCACCCCCAGGUGGGGCUGGGAAAGAAACCUUCCUGAACUCCCAGGGAGCCGCUUCCAGUCAGUGUAGACAAUACUGAACUAGGUGAGCCAAUGACCUGACUUGCUAGAAGGCAGCUUCCUAAGAUAUAGGCUGCUUGGCUCCGACAUUUAGAUGGUCUGAUUCGGUAUAAAUCAGCUUCUCAUGUUCCUAGCCUAAGAGGAUCUGGCUAUCAGCCCAACUGGGCAAGAAACAGGAGCAUAGUCUAAAAAGAGCCAGGUAAGACUGACCAGGGGCUGAUCACUGAAAACCCCAAAUGGAGACCCCUUCUCUACUGGGGCCUUACC